CUGCAAAACCUACAUGACGAAGAAGAGGAGGGGAAGGAAGAAGACUCUUCAAAAUCCUGCCAACAGCCUGAAACGCGUUGCCAGUCUGUGGCGUCGUCCUCCCCUCACUAUAGUUUCAUGGAGUUUCUGAGCCACACAAUCAUGAAGAAGGAGCUUCUCUGCGCGCUGUGUACCGCUGUCCUCCUCUUCCUCACCAGCGCAGUCUCAUCAGCAGAGGAAGGCGCUAAUGGGAAAAACUCCCAGUGUCACAACUACGCGGGAGGACACGUCUAUCCUGGAGAGGCUUUCCGUGUGCCUGUGUCUGAUCAUUCCCUUCACCUCAGCAAAGCCAAGAUUUCAAAGCCCGCACCUCAAUGGGAAGGAACAGCCGUCAUCAAUGGGGAAUUCAAGGAAGCAAAGCUGUCAGACUACAAAGGCAAAUACCUGGUCUUUUUCUUCUACCCCCUCGACUUUACAUUUGUCUGCCCCACUGAGAUCAUUGCAUUCAGCGACAGAGUGCAUGAGUUUAAAGCCAUCAAUACAGAGGUGGUCGCCUGCUCUGUGGACUCCCAGUUCACCCACCUCGCCUGGAUAAAUACACCCAGGAAGCAAGGUGGCCUUGGACCAAUGAAAAUCCCUCUGCUGUCUGACCUCACGCACCAGAUUUCCAAAGACUAUGGAGUCUAUCUGGAGGACCAGGGUCACACACUUAGAGGACUUUUCAUCAUUGAUGGCAAAGGCAUCCUGAGGCAGAUUACCAUGAAUGAUCUUCCAGUAGGACGAUCUGUGGAUGAGACUCUGCGGCUGGUGCAGGCUUUCCAGUACACAGACAAACACGGAGAAGUGUGCCCAGCAGGAUGGAAGCCAGGCAGCGACACAAUCAUUCCCGACCCUUCAGGAAAGCUGAAGUAUUUUGAUAAACUGAACUGAUCUGAGUUCCAAUCAUCCCAGUCUGUGAAAUCCAAAUAAAAGAAAGUACAAAUAAAACGUGUUUUCCAAAUA